UUAUGUUGCUUGUUGACUCAACAUGAUCAAAUAACAAAUACUGAACUUAUAUUUUCAUUUUUUUUGACCAGGAAUAAUCGUUUUCCACUAUUAUAUUUUGUAUUGUCCGGAAUAUUAUUCGUUGCAAUGGAAAUCAAUAAAAUUUAUAUAGUUUUAGCUGUUUUGUCUAUCUUUUGCUUUGCAAAUGUUCUAUCGAUCCGAUGUUAUCAAUGUUCAACACAAACUGAUGUAAAAGGCGUCGACAGUUGUGGUGCAUACAAAAAGUUCAAUGCAUCCGAGCACAUUGCAAUUGAAUGCAACAGUGACGAAUCGCAUAUGCCCGGAUCGUUUUGCAUGAAGGUCGUCCAACAAGGCCCGAGGGGUUUCAUUUGGGACGGUCGAUGGCGACAUGUAAUACGUCGAUGUGCAUCGGUUGCAGACACAGGUGUCACAGGCGUGUGCAAUUGGGGAGUCUAUGAAAAUGGUGACUAUUGGGAGGAAUGUUAUUGCUCACACGAUGCCUGUAAUGGAUCUGACCAGAAUCGAAUCUCAACGAUUGCCAUCAUUAUUAGUACACUCGUAAUGUACGCAGUUACCGCACGAAACUAGAUGCACUUGAUCAUUUAAUUUAAGUAAAAAAAAACCGCAGUUUAUAUUCAAUUUCAGAAGAAUCCGUCCAUUUUGAAAUGAAAUUGUUUAAAAUCAAUCAUUCCGUCCUCUCUUUUUGGAAGAGAAUCUCUUUUUUAUAUUUACAAAAUGCAUUUUAAAUUACAAUAAAAUGCCGAGUUGGACUCGGUCAAUUAGAUCAAAAACCACAACAAA